CGUAUCUAGUCGAGACUAGUUGCCCAUCUCACCUUGUUAAGAUAUUUAUGAGCCACGAGAUGAAACCUAACGCAGGGUUUUUGUCUAUUCCUAGAGAACUACAGCUCAACAUUUUGAGCUCUCUUUCUUGCCAAGAUAUCCUUCGUUGUACAUCCGUAUCUAAGGCCCUUUGCCAGAUGUACAUGUCCUCUUCCGAGCUUCAGUACAUCGUUGAACUCAGUGGCCAACGGUUGCUCCAUAUUUCCAAUACGGACAAUGUUAGCAUCCCUGUUUCCAAGCGCCUACAACUCUUGAGGGACAAAGCUCACGCAUGGUUCAAAGUCGACCCCCACUCUUUCGAAACAGUCUCUCUACCAAAGAACAUGCACUCUAACAAGCAGUUUGUCGCAGAUGGGCAUAUCUACUUGUGGGAUCAAGAAGAAGACAUGGCUACAAUCAUUCCGAUACUGCCAAAGUCCUCACAAAAAACAGUCAAGCGCAACUGGUCUCCAGGAACAUUAUUUUCAGUUCCUGACUCAGGCCACCUCGAUGUGUUCAUGGAUCCAGCACAAAACCUGAUCGCCACCGCGUAUUCCGUCAUUGAUGCUACACUCGAAUCGAACGACGAGACACUCUACAUCGACCUUGGAGUCCUGGAUAAGGAUGGCAUUCAUCCCCAAGCUGCUGGACGGACAUUGUUUUUGUCGAUGCUGCCCGCGUCCAAGGACAAAUGCUUUGUUACAGAAAGUGCCAAGCUCAAGGGAUUUGGGAGGCAUAUUGCUUUGCGGCGCUCCUUUGCGCAUCCAUUCGAUGAGAUGUGGCAGCUGCAUAUUUGGGACUGGCAACACUCAGCGACAUCUAAUAGCGUCCUCAGUGGCACGAAUUUCUUACCAAGCCCGAUUGAUUUUUGCUUUCUCGGAAACAAUAGGUUGCUCGUUGCCGCCGACCGUUUGAUGCUCUAUUCGAUCGAGGAUAUGUCCCAGACGCCACAAUUGCUGGCGUGCUUCCUGAUGCCGGUCCUAUCUCUGUAUAUACAGUGCUUCCUUCCGAUGGAUCAUAUCGAUAGCUCCCCACAGCUACAAGCCCAACAAGCCAUGUACACUUCAGAUCCCCAAAACCAGCUUCUAUGCAUCACCACGGGAGCGGGUCAGACCUUCGUCAUUUCCACGAGGAUUUUCUUCAACCUUAAAGGAAUAGCAGCAGCAACGCCAGUUCCGUGGGAACGCUGGGGCCCUUCAAAUACUCGUAUUUUCGAGCUCUCAGGUGAAUCCAGAGUUCACGUUAGCGGGAAUCGAGUCUUGCAAGCAUUGUCAGUCGGCACGUCAGCCUCAGGUGACGCGGAGUAUAUAUUACACAUUUUGGACUUCAGCCCGCUAGCUGUGACGAACAGGCGGGGUCUGGGACGAGUGGUGAAAGAACCAUCUACGAUACCAAAAUUCGUCGAAUGGACUGGCAGGCCUGUGAAGAACUUGAUAACGUCCCUGCCUUAUGUCGAGGUCAUAUUGGACCGAAAGUUCGAAUCCGGCGAGUUAGCAGACGUGUGGGUUGAAAAGGAUAGAAUUUAUUUGCUCAACACAAAGUUUGAUCAUGAAGUGGUAGGUUCAGCACAUUACGCAAUAGAAUAUAACGAGCUUGAAGUCACUGAUAUUUAGAGUAGAGUUAUAUAUGUAGUUGCUCCGCCAUACGACAUAUGUACUGUACAUAAUUAAGUACACUGGCUUACUAGAAUUCUAUAUAAAUACUCUAUGCGAUGCUCCUUC